UUCCCUGUUCGGCAAUUUGUCGGUAUGUAGUUAGGGUUUAGACUGAAGAAAUAAGGUGGGGUUUAGCAUCGAGAGAAAGAAAGAAAGAAAAAAGAAGAAAGCUUUGCCUGUAGCAGUUUCAAUGGGGAAGAAGAGGCAGAGAGAGAGGCAUCAGAAUCCAGAGCCAUUUCUCGCAGAAGAGAAUGGCUCUGUGGCCUCGAAGAAGCAAACGAAGUCCAAGCAGCACCAGAUGGAAGAGAAGCUGAUAUCUUCGGGCAUGAGCUCGAAGAUCCUCAAGGAGGCUCUGGCUCAGCAGAGGGAGGUCGAGGACGAGGCGAACCGUGCCCAAAACCCUAACAAUUCCUUAUUAAACGUCACUGAAGACCCGCGCAAGGAUGAAGCAGCUGAGGAAGAGGAAGACAUCGAUGACUUCGGUGGAUUCUCUGAAACGCAGAGCCGUUUUGGCGGCUAUGAAGAGAAUGAUGAACAUGAUGAGAAAUUAUUAAACGAGAUUGAUGAAGAUGAUGAGAAUCUAUUAGAGGCAUUCUUGUCAAAGUCUGCGGGUCCACAACGUACUCUUGCAGACCUCAUUGUCGCAAGAAUUAAAGAGAAGGAUUCAGAUGUCAGCUCAGAUGCUAGGCCUUUGCCUAAAUUGGAUACCUCCCUCAUAGAAUUGUAUAAGGGAGUUGGCAAGUUUCUUAGUAAGUACACUGCUGGCAAGGUUCCCAAACCAUUCAAACACAUCCCUUCAGUGCCUCGAUGGGAGGAUGUCCUAUAUUUGACUGAGCCUGAGAAUUGGUCACCAAAUGCAAUGUACCAAGCUACGAGAAUUUUUGCUUCCAAUUUGGGUAAGCAGAAGGUAGAACGUUUCUACAAGCUUGUGUUGCUCCCACGAGUGAGAGAAGACAUUCGGAAGCAUAAGCGCUUGCAUUUUGCCCUAUAUCAGUCUUUGAAAAAGUCUUUGUACAAGCCUGCUGCCUUUUUCUUAGGAAUACUUCUUCCGUUGUGUGAGUCAGGGACAUGUAAUCUAAGAGAAGCUGUUAUUUUUGGGAGCAUUAUAGAAAAGGUCUCCAUUCCUCCACUUCAUUCAAGUGUUGCAUUAAUGAAGCUUGCAGAGAUGAAAUACUGUGGCACAACGAGUUACUUUAUAAAGCUUCUUUUGGAUAAAAAAUAUGCCUUACCAUAUCGUGUACUUGAUGCUCUUGUUGCACAUUUUAUGAGAUUCUUGGAGGAAACAAGGCUAAUGCCUGUUAUAUGGCACCAGUCACUUCUUACAUUUGUGCAAAGGUACAAAAACGAAUUACAAAAGGAGGAUAAAGAUAAUCUUAGAAUUCUUCUUGAAAAGCAAAAGCACUAUUUGGUAACCCCUGAAAUAAGAAGGGAACUAGAUCAUAGUCGCAAUCGUGGAGAGAAAGAGGAUGAUCUUAUGUCAAUCGCAUAUCCAGUUGGUGUGAUCAAUAAACCUUUUGAAGAGGAUUUGUCUGACAUUCCAGAGGUGCCUAUGGAGGACGACUAGUUUAUCGCUCGGCUGAGAUGGCCGAAGGAAUCUCCUAUUAGGAGCAAAUGCAAUGGUUUGACAUCAGAAUUGAAGCAUUUUUGGGAGCAGGGUUUACCUACUAGAUAGUUAUACAAGCUUUUUUUUUUUUUUUUGGUUUCAAACAGCUUCUAGUAAUUAUAUAAAUCCGGAUAUUCAUGAGUUUGAUUUAUUGUUUGAAAUAUUUUGGUUGAAAAUUGAAGUUCAUACCAGAAGGAACAAAAGAUUUACAUUGUCAUAUCUGCUCCCCUGUUCGAGGCCACAUUAUUUAUAUCCCAUGCAAUUUUAUUAA